ACACUGUCCUUCUUUCUCACACCACCGAUGUAGUCUCUUCCUUCUCAUUACCCUUCCCUCUAUUCCUCUUCCUCCUCCUAUAUUUCCCUUUUUCCCCUUGGCAAGUUUGCUCCCAAUCGAUUGCCCACCAUGCAGAUCUAAGAUUGGGCUUAUCGAAUAUCACUCCUUUCUUGUUGACACACCUUAGAGUAAUUUUCUUCCAGAUUUCACACCAAUUUCCGAGCAAGGGAGGACCACCAUGGUGGAGACUAUAUGUUAGUUGUGAAGAUAGAGUAGAAGUUGUUCAGUUGUUUGUUACAAGAUUUGGAAACAUAGAUCUGAGUUUUUUUUUUUUCUUGUUUUGUUAUAUUUUAAUUUUUUAAUGUCAAUUAAUUGGAGAUAAAUAAAUGUUAUGCUUGAGAAGAUUAUUGGAUAUCAAGAACAUUUCUCAAGAAUUGUUUUGUCUAUUUUUACACGAAAAUCCAGCCGGAGCUCACUUUCAGUGAAGAAAGAGAUUGCCUGGAGUUUGAAUUGGAAGGCCGCAGGUGACGAGGAUGAAGAUAAGUCUAAUUUAGUCAUUUACUUGUUUUCCACGCUGGCAACACCACGAUGGCAAGAAAUGAGUUGCGUGGAGCUGACAUGGGAAGGCUGACGGAAUCCUAACGAGCACGUGAGGCACGUGACCUUCGGCCGUCAAUUUUAGGCUUCUUUCUUUAAAUUGAAAAGGUGAGGGGCGAAAAUCUUUAUGUUGUAAAGUAAGGGGCUGACAGUUUUAU